AUGUCAAAUGCAGAAGACAGUUGGGAAGUGGCCGUUGCUCAAACGGUUGAAAUUAAAUUGGCUGCGCAAGAGUUGUAUUUGGAGGCAGCGGAGUGGGUCGCGGGACACGCACAUCCGCUCGCGGAUUGCCCAAUUCCUGCCGCAGCCAGCGCCCGCGCCGACGCUAUUUCAGGAAACGACUGCGGUUGUCGACGACCGAGAAGCGAAUGGCAGCUCGUGGUGAGGAGCGAUGGCGUAGUGGCCGCUGAUGUGAGAGGGGAAGGGACCGAGUUUCUGCCCGAGGGGGGACGAAAUAUCUACUCGGGUGUAAAUGUUAUUGAUCAAAGACAACUGGUGCCAGUGGUCGGGCACUGUCGUGAACCCUCGGCUUCUAUCUGGGUCACACGUGUACACGUUAUCCCCACUAUGACGGCCUUGGCUUAG